AAGCGUCUCUCUAAAAAUGUGUCUCCGCCCGGAGCCCGUUUAUAGCGGAAACAGCCAUAGACGCAGUCUCACACAACAUGGCCGCCAGGUUAAUGUGAAUGGAGCCGAGUUGGGGACAGGGGCCGCUGUCUAUAGAAAGGAGCGUCUCUCUGUAUUUGUUGACUCUGGACGUUCUUUGGCGGCAGAUUUCAAUCCAGGUCACCCCGGUUUAUACAGACCUCUGGACGUGUCAAGGGACAGACGGGAGUCAUGGAGGAGGUCCAGAAUCUGUUCCGGGAAGGUGUGAUGUCCCACCUGGACCGGUUGCAGGCCCUGUCCCAGAACCUGGCCCAAAAACAAGAUGAAAAGAGACAGCAAGAGACGGACCUGAAGCAGAAGAGAGACCUGAUAGUGAGACUGCAGAAGGAGCGGGGGGAACUGCGGAGCCAGAUCCAGCUGCAGAAGGAGACGAUUCAUUCGUUAUCAGCAAGACAAGAGGGGAGUGAGCCUCAAGUACAGAGCACACAGAGCGCCCUGCAGGAGCUGAGGCUGGAGGAGAUGAAGAACAUCAUGGAGGCUCUCUGGUUCACAGGGAUAAGCGGGAAGCUAAAGGAUGACGCGGUGUGUUUCUGCAUCUCCACGGCCUUUGAGGGCACGUACCUGGACUCUUACUACAUCCAGGUGAAUAAUCUAAAGAACCCCCAGGUGUUCCGUCACUCCAUCCCCGCCUUCAUCCCGCUGAGCGACCUCGCCAAGGAGCAUCUGCCGGCCGACCUGAAGAAGCUCCUUCAUGUUCUCUAUGAGCGGCUGAAUGGCUAUGCGGGGAGGAAGUUCCAGGCCGAUCACAUGGAGAAAAAAUCCCCUGCGUACGUGGCGGGGUCUCUGCAGAGGAAUUCCCUGUACACCGUUCUGUCCUUCACUUACAACGUAACCAUAGAGGGUCAGACAGUCAACUUCACCGCCAAAUUUCUCUACGGAGACCUCACCGACACCCUUCCCACCGAGGUGACCGUCACGUGUUCAGAUGCCGAUGCCUGGGCUCAGGAGAUGAUCUCAUCCCACGUGUCCCUGUUCUCCGGCACAGCCCUGCACAGAGCCCUGGACUCCCUGGCUACAUAGAGACGCUUCUAUUCUCCAAUGAACACACUCCGCAGCCCCGGCAUAGUCAGGACUGCCGCGAUACGGAACUGCGGGACUUUAUGGAGUGUUUAUUGUCCUCCUCUUCUCUACAGGGACUUGAUUUUAAUACAGUCAUAAUUCCGUGACACUUCAUAUAAUUAGGACUGAAGGGAGAGUGUCAGCAGGUGCCCUCUUGUGGCUGAAAUGUAGAUGGCGGAUUUUUACUCAAUG